UUGAACAAUGUCAAAGAGGAAUAGCAAUCACCUCUAAGGAUGUUAAAUUUUGUAUAACUAACUUACUCUCUAAUGAGUUUAAGUUAUCAUACUCUAAUGCUCUUAAUACCUUUAAAGUAUCAGACCCAUGGCUUAAUCUUUUUAUGAAUCAGUUUAACCUUUCCCUUCGCAGACGCACAAAAACCUCCCAAAAACUUUCUAAAGACUUACAUGAAAAAGUUACCGAGUUUCAUAGUUUUAUUAAUGAAUUAAAAAUAAAUAAUAAUUUUGAACUUAACUGUAUUGCUAACAUGGAUGAAACUCCUGUUUACUUUGAUAUGGUUGGUGCUUAUACAAUUAAUGAUCGUAGCACACGAAAAGUACCUAUAUGUACAACAGAGAAUGAUAAAAACCGAUUUACCUGUGUUUUAGGAGUUUUAGAA